CACUCAAGGGGCCGGACGUGACGCAGGGAGAGUUCCGGCUUCGGCCUCCGCCGCCGCCGCCGCCUCCACUGCCGCUGUUGCCGGCAGAGCCACCGCGGCUGGUUCUUCCUAAGAUGGCGCCGCUAGACCUGGACAAGUAUGUGGAGAUAGCGCGGCUGUGCAAGUACCUGCCGGAAAACGACCUGAAGCGGCUAUGUGACUAUGUUUGUGACCUCCUCUUGGAAGAGUCAAAUGUUCAACCAGUAUCAACACCAGUAACAGUGUGUGGAGACAUACAUGGCCAGUUUUAUGACCUUUGUGAACUAUUCAGAACUGGAGGUCAGGUUCCUGACACAAACUACAUAUUUAUGGGUGAUUUUGUAGACAGAGGUUACUAUAGCUUGGAGACCUUCACUUACCUUCUCGCACUGAAGGCCAAGUGGCCCGACCGUAUUACACUCCUGCGAGGGAACCAUGAGAGUAGACAGAUAACACAGGUGUAUGGAUUUUAUGAUGAGUGCCAAACCAAGUAUGGAAAUGCUAAUGCCUGGAGAUACUGUACCAAAGUUUUCGACAUGCUCACAGUAGCAGCUUUAAUAGAUGAGCAGAUUCUAUGUGUUCACGGUGGUUUAUCUCCUGAUAUCAAGACACUGGAUCAGAUUCGAACUAUUGAACGGAAUCAGGAAAUUCCCCACAAAGGAGCAUUUUGUGAUCUGGUCUGGUCAGACCCCGAAGAUGUGGAUACGUGGGCAAUCAGUCCCCGAGGAGCAGGUUGGCUUUUUGGAGCCAAGGUCACAAAUGAGUUUGUUCAUAUCAACAACUUAAAACUCAUCUGCAGAGCACAUCAACUAGUGCAUGAAGGCUAUAAGUUUAUGUUUGACGAGAAGCUGGUAACAGUGUGGUCUGCUCCUAAUUACUGCUAUCGCUGUGGAAAUAUUGCUUCGAUCAUGGUCUUCAAAGAUGUAAAUACAAGAGAACCAAAGUUAUUCCGGGCAGUUCCAGAUUCAGAACGUGUUAUUCCUCCCAGAACGACGACGCCGUACUUCCUUUGAGGCCUUCGCCUGUCCUGCUGACCCGCUUCUCUGCCCUCCUUACCCUGACUUUCUUGUAUUACCCUCUACAACAUACUUUUUAUUGAGCACUUUGCUGCUGAAAUGCUGCCUCUUGCCUUUUUUUUUUAUUUUAAAUUAUCUGAAUUUAUUGUUUGUUAUGGUGUCUAUAGCAAUGUCUUUCUAUCAAUUUUCCCUCCAUCACAUCCCCACCUUGGACUCAUUUGAGAAGACUUGAGAAGUGUCUUAAUACUCACAUUGCUGCAUGUAGCUCUUACAUACUUACUGGUCUGGGGGACAGGAUGUGUUUCCAUUUUUAAAACAACCAGUUGACAAUUACACCAGAAUCUUCAUUUUGUAUCAUUGAGCCUUUUGUUUUUGUUUGGGAAAUUUUAAGAAAUUUCAGCAGCAAAGUUGUAACUCAGUGGGCAUGGUGGACUACAGAAGCCUCCAGUUAUGUAUUUCUGCCCCAGCUGUAAACUUCCAUUGUCCUUUGUUGGAUGACGUUUUAAUGGAUAUAAAAUAAAUUGGUCUAAAGGGCUGCCCUCCUUGUUGUGUUUUUAAAUUUUGGUUAAAAACUGCUACAGCUUAUGACUUUGUAUAUUAAGAUAAUUGUAAUGAUCUUUUUCAAAUUCCUUGUAUUUUUUAAUAAAAUAAUCUGAAAUCCAGAUAGGUUAAGUCUAAGAAAUUUUAACCACUUUACAUUGUUAACUUACCUCUCUUCUUUUUUCCUAAUCAGAGUUCCUGACUCUUUGAGUUUUGAGUUUAAAACUUCAAAUGAAAUUCAGUAGUAUUUAUUAAAAAAAAAAAAUCACUAAAGUGUGCCUAAAGAACGUACUGCCAUAUUAAUGUUUUCGUUAUAUGCUCUAUAAUUAUAGAGCAGCAUUUAAUACUUGUCAUGCUGAUGGUUCAUUCGAUACCAGUGGAGUAGAAUGCUAUUGAUCUGGUUAACACCCUGUCAUGAGUAUCAUUAACUAAAAUCUAUGUACUUUUCAAUAGGAGUCAUUAUUCUCUUGCUGUAACACUUGACCAUAACUUUUAAAAAGUGUUCAUUUUGUAACUGCAACUGGAAAGGUUGAAAAGUCAGGUCUCUUGUAUUUGUACACUGUAAUCUGAAACAGAUUGUUUAAAGUGUAGCAAGAAGCAAAUUGUCCUUUUUUUGUAAAGGUUUAUGAUACCAUGUUUUGGCUUUGAGUCAGUGGUUUGGAUAUCCAAAAGGGUAGUGAUGCUCAGUUCUUGAUAUGCAACUGUCCACUUUCAUGAGGACAGAUAUUCCAGGAUCUCUUAUGACAGCAGUCAUAAAUGGUGUUGGAAUGUUCCAUUUUGUUAAAACUUGGUAUCCCUUUACUGCUAUAAUUUUUGUCAUUCCAGGAAAUCCGUGUGAAGCCAGCCAAUUAAUAAAGCACUUUAGCAUCUGUUCAGGUGGUUUUGAAAACCGUUCCCCUUCAGGAUAAGAACUUCUAGGUCACCUAAAAAUGCAAUAAAAAAAUUCUUUCUAGUUGAAGCUUCUUGGCACAUAAUAUUUUAUCAGGGUUUCCUUUUCUUGAAUGAGCACAAUAGUGUUUUGAUUUUAUUUUUUUCCCCUAACCAUUCAGCUCUUUGUACAAUUUUUAAUUGUAUAACUAUAUAAAAGAAGUGGCGAAGGCAUUUGCUGCACACACUUGAACUUUUGUUGAGCCAGUAACGCUAAUGUGUUACCGCUCUGACUCCAGUGUAAUAAUUCAGGUGGAACGUUCUAUUUACCUUACAGGGAUAUGUAGCUGUGUAUUUUUACUAAUUGUGAAACACUGGAAAUAAUGAUGCAGAGAACUUGGUGUGGUCUUGGUGUAGCUUCCUCCCUGCAGUAUUUUUUCCCCUGUUAAUCAUAACUUGUGUAUUUAAGUGCUUGCAUUCCACUGCUUUUAAGUUGUACCAAUAAAGUCGGUAACCCUUUGCCUCCUCUUCCCGAUUGACACUCCUGAUCAUUUUGUGUUGUAGUUUUCAUUAUCCCUGUAAUGUGAUGUUUAUUUUUAAGUCAUGAUAUACUGCAUUUGUCUGUCACUUGUGGGCAUGUGCCAAUACUAGUCUGUCCAUUCCUGAUCUGCCCUUUCUGUUUUGCCUGAUAGCUCUUCAGUUAAUAAUGAAUGGCCUUGUGCAUGGGAAAAAAUAGUUUUUAUUGCUAGACAUGUAAAGGGAAGAAAGAGUGAAUGUACUGAACUUUGUAAGCCUGGAAGGAGUAUUCGGAUCCCUCUGAUCAAUAAGGGCUAUGUAUCCUGUGGCGUAAUCGUGUGGCAGAAGACACUUGAAAGUUGUAGCUUUGGAAGCAGGAGGGUCUGUCAUUCCCUGUAUCUAGUCUGAAUGUAAAAUCCCUUCUGUUGUAUUAACGGGGUUAAGAACUAUUUUUAUUUGCCUAUGAUGAUGAUAUUCUUGUUUUUUAAAUAAAGUGUCCUAGGCUCUGGUGAGAACUGUC